AUGCACAGUCUGAAGGAAAAGUCUACUGUUGGGAAACUCGUCAGAGAUGGAGUACAUAAAAAUAAAUACUCAUUGAUAUCAGAACAGACCCUAAACCAAAAGGAAAAUAUCCUAUCGAACAUUUUGACCCAUGGACGCAUUCCGGAUGAAGGAUUAAACGAAAUUACUAUUAUGCACAUUUUGCAUAAAAUUUCAUCUCAAAACUUGUGUAACAGUGAAAAGAAUGUAAAAAUAGGGGAGAGAGAGAACAGAAUAUACAGUGCGCUCGUUAGGAGCAAGUACAUUGGAUUUGGACACGGCAUAGGGAGAUCCGGAAAUCUGGAUGAUGUACAGCCGAAGAGUGCAGGGAAUAGCAUCCUAGCAAAAGCAACAACACGUAUUGUAAAAGAUUUAAUAAAAGAUUUUGGCAUUAGGAGUUGUCAAGAUGUGUACAUAUUACCAUAUGCAACAGGGAUGUGCAUAAGUACUUGUCUUCUUUAUAUAAAAAAGGAAAGAAUAGAUAGUGAAUAUGUAAUUAUUUCGAGAAUAGACCAUAAAACAUGUUAUAAAUGCAUUGAAUUUUGUAAUUUAAAAUAUAUUGUAGUAGAUAUGAUUUUUAAAGAUGAACAAUUAUAUACAGAUAUUGAGAACAUAAAAAAUUUAAUGGAUAAAUAUAAAGAGAAAAUUUGUUGUGUUAUAUCAGUAACAGCUAGUUAUGCACCUAGAAAUUGUGAUGAUAUAAUAAACAUUUCUCUUCUUUGUAAGAAAUAUAAUAUGCCUCAUAUUAUUAAUAAUUCCUUUGGAUUACAAUGUAAUUACAUUUGUAAAGAAAUACAGAGAUGUUAUAAUGAGAAUGGAAGAAUUGAUUUUGUUGUUCAAAGUUGUGAUAAGAAUUUCCUUGUACCAGUUAAUGGUGGUAUUGUAUUUAGUGGAAAUAAAAAAAAGAUGAAUGAAUUGAAAAAGACAUAUCCAGGUAGAACUCCUGUACAUGCAUAUCUAGAUCUUUUGAUUACAUUAUUAGAAUUAGGGAAAACUAAAAUAAUGAAAUUAAGAAAAGAAAGGAUUGAAAAUUUUAAUUGGUUUAAAGAGAAGAUAUAUACAUUAUGCUCUAAAUAUAAUCUUUCCUUAAUAAAGACAAGUAAAAAUACUAUAUCAAUGGCUAUAAACUUAAAUGAAUUGUACAAAUAUUGUGGUUUAGAUGACCCUAAGAAGAUAUGUUUACUCGGUUCAUUUCUUUUUUAUAGAAAUGUAACAGGGCACAGAGUCAUAUGCUCUCCUUUGCUAAUUAAAAAUUAUAUUUUAAAAAAAAUAAAAGAGAAAAGGGAAGUAUUUACAACGGAAUCAGAUCGGAAUUUCCACUCCCAGUGUAGUGAUGUUCACACAGAGGAACAGGGGAGCAAUCCAUAUAGCUCCGUCAGGAGGGGGAAUAGCAUACAAGAUAGCAGUUCUGUUAUCAAUCCAGUUAGCAGUGCAGUUUGCAACCAAGUUAGCCUUCCAAUCAGCGAUCAUAGCAAGAACACAAACAUGGACCCUUUUUGUCAUCGAACGAUUGAGCAUAAUGAAGAAUUGACGAAUAACAAAAUUACCAUAAGUAAUAAACUAGAAGUAAAACAAGUUGACAAUGAUUUUGAAAAAUUAAAUGAAAAAAAUACAUUAAAAAUAGGGAAUCACAUAUUUCAAAGUUUUGGCACCAGUUAUGACUUGUAUCCUUUUUCAUAUAUCGCCUUCUCAUGUGUAAUAGGAAUUGAAAAGGAGGAGCUCCAAAGUUUUGUCCAAAAAUUAGACGACGCUAUUGACUAUUUUAUUAGAAAGUUCAAGAGAAAAGAAAAAGAAAAAAAUAUUUCCUCACAUGAUUAA